AUGAUGCAACCCCGCUGCCCCCCAAUAUCUGACAUGAAUUUGCUUCCUCCUUUUGUCAAAACCAAGCAAACGCAUAAACAGAAACGAACAAACACAUAUUCCAUAAAGUUCCUAUUAAUCCCAACAAGAGCGUUCCAUGACAGGAAACGGAAAGGCAAGGCGUUGAAUAUCAAAUUUCCCAUUCUACCGGAAGAAUCGCCCGAGAGGAAUUACGAAGUGGGAUAUUCUAAAGCCCCUUCCUCCCCAGAACCACCACCCAGUGGAGUGCCUAGGGGGUGGGUGUGGCGGAGAGAAAACACCAAACUUAAAUCCUUUCCAAUCGUUCAGCCAGAGGCUCUUUUAUAUCACAACAAAACCGAAGGAAAGAAGAAGACCACACAACCCCUCAAAAGCCUGAACUGUCAUAGGCCAUAUCCGGAUGAUUAUUCUUUUCACGCACUCCCAUAA